UCGCCGCCGUCGCUCCAGCGUCCUCUGGAUUAUUCAUUUCACUGCAGGACUUUGCAAUUGCUUUUUCCGCUUUUUCUUUUCUUUUCCCUUUUCGGGGAAAAGACUUCGCUGUCCCUUGGAAGAGUCUCGAACGGUUCCGGUUGCUCGAGAAGUUUUGGGAUUUUUUUUCGGUUAUCUGGCUCGCAUUUUUAUUUUCUUGAUUUUGGUUUGAUUGCAAAUUCUGCUUGGGAACUUGGUCGUGGAGCUAAUAUGACUCUGGAAGAGGUCGUGGCGUGCGACAACGCGGCGCAGAAGAUGCAGACGGUGACCGCGGCGGUGGAGGAGCUGCUGGUGGCCGCGCAGCGCCACGAUCGCCUCACCGUGGGGGUGUACGAGUCGGCCAAGCUGAUGAAUGUGGACCCGGACAGCGUGGUGUUGUGCCUCUUGGCCAUCGACGAGGAGGAAGAGGAUGACAUCGCCCUGCAGAUCCACUUCACGCUCAUCCAGUCCUUCUGCUGCGACAAUGACAUCGACAUCGUGAGGGUGUCGGGCAUGCAGCGGCUGGCCGAGCUGCUGGGCGAGCCCACCGAACCCCAGGGUACGGCCGAGGCCCGGGACCUGCACUGCCUCCUGGUCACGAACCCGCACGCGGACGCCUGGAAGAGCCACGGCUUGGUGGAGGUGGCCAGCUACUGCGAAGAGAGUCGGGGGAACAACCAGUGGGUCCCCUACAUCUCGCUCCGGGAACGCUGAGGCACCCCCCGGGCCGGCGUCCGAGGAGAUCUGCCAAAAACGAGACCAAACAAGACCCAAAUACCUAUUGGACCCCCCUGUCCCCUCCCAGAAGAGGCCUCCCCCCAAAGCCACCCGUGAGAGCACUUGGGAGGGGGAGAGCCGAGUCUGAGACGGUGGAGGAGGAGGAGGAGGAGCAGCCAGUGGUGGCCAGCCAGGAGCAAGCCACAGAGGCCACCAAGAGAGCGAGAGAGAGGAGGGGGACGACCCCCGGGCCAGUGGAAGAAGGGGGACCCCCCCAGCCCAGAGGCAGACGGAUGGACAGACGGAAGGGGUGGGGGGCAGCGGCACCCCCGCUCCCCAUCGCUGAGGGUCCGGACUCUCUCCACGGCGAGCCGGGCUGAUGGACUUGGCUGAGCCGGGGGUGGUGACCCCGGUCAGCGCUGACCCUGGGGGGAGGGCAGGCGGCAGGACGGGGGAUGUCCCGGUAGCCACGCCCCCCACCCCCCGGCCGCCCCCAGACUCACGCCGGACCCCAGUCCAGCCGACAAUCUACAGGAUUUUGUUGUUUUCUUUGCACUUUGCCGCGCAGCCACGGCGGGGUUGUUGUUUUAUUGUUAUUGCUGUUGUUGUUGUUAUUUCUCCGAUGACGAGCCUUGUAAUAAACUUCUAACCCAC